AUGCGGCACGAAACCGGCAGCCAAUAUCUCAGCCCUUUCGUCCCUGGUCAAAGCAGCGAACUGCCUCCGGUGGCUGCAGGCACAGCACCUUUGCCCACAGUCACAGUGGUAGAACACGACCCCUCAUGGCCGUCAAAGUUUCAGGAGAUAUUGCAGAAGCUGGAGGGUUAUCUAUCUACUUCAGGGGUGAGAUACACUGCCAUCGAACACGUCGGUAGUACGGCAGUGCCUGGACUUGCCGCAAAACCCAACAUCGACAUUAUCAUCGAAGUACCUGAUGCCGAGAACGCUGCCAAAGCGAAGGAAGCUCUCAUACAUGAGCCAUCCCCUGAAGAACACUACAAAUGUUGGGGAGAUGGUGGCAUCAAAGGCAGAAUCAGCAUGAAGCCUCAUAGCCGCAAUGAGGCACUAGAACAGAGCGUCUACAUAAUCAACCAGCAGGAUUCUGACGGCAGAAUGAUAGCGCGUUGUCACCGGGCUCUCCGCGAUACCCUCAGAAUGCCACAGCAUGAAGCACUAAGAGCGGAGUAUGGCCGACUCAAAGUUCACCUUGCCUACUCAAGCAUCGAUGGGGUUGAUUAUGGACAGAAGAAGAAUCCACUUAUUCGAAGAAUUCUACAAGCAGCUGGUUGGACGGACGAGGAUAUUGACAAGAAGGAAUGUCUCGACUACCGGAUCCCAGGAGACUAUGACCUACCAUACUGA